UGUCUACUCUGUUUGUCAUGUGGUAUUUUUGUAAACAUACUUACUUAAAGCUAAUACUUAUUGAUGUUUAUGUUAUGUAAUUUUCACGUUUUAACUUAGAAUUUUGAAAAAGAAUACCUUUGGUAUCUUUGUUGGAGUGUGUGAAAUGAACAGAUAUAAACCAUCCCUGUCCAGGAACGAUAUAGAGUCCCAAAUACACCGGAUGGUGGCGUUCAUCGAUCACGAGGCUAGAGAACGGGCCGAGGAGAUCGACUCCAAGACAGAGGGUGAGUUCUGUUACGAGAAGGGCAGACUGCUGCACAAGGCGCGUCAGGACAUGCAGAGGAUUUACGAGAAGAAGGAAAUAACCGUUUACAAACAAGACCAGACGACGGAAGCGACUCUCCAGAACCGGGCGAGGCUGCGAGAGCUGGCCUGCAGAGAGGCGCAUAUCUCGCGGAUCGAGGCAGAGGUCCAGGACCGACUGCUGAAGAAGAAUGAGGACCCCGAGUUGUACAGGAAUAUUCUGCUCGAAAUGUUGAUCCAAGGACUAUUCAGGAUGCUCGAGCGGGUGGUACUGGUACGAGUAAGAGAACAAGAUCUGACAAUAAUAGAGGAACUAUUGGAGCCAGCCAAAGAUCGGUACAAGGAGAAGGUCGGACGCCGAGUCAAGAUAGUGGUGGACAGUUCACGAUACCUGGCUCCCUCGUGCCUAGGGGGUGUAGAACUAGCCACCCCCAACCGCAAGGUGCGAGUGAUCAACACCUUCUUGAGCCGCCUGCAGCUGAUCGUCAAACAGCUCGUACCCGCCAUCAGGAGGCACUUGUUUGAACAGGGACCACUGUCACGUCACGAAUCUGUAUAUUCUUUUUUUGAGAAAGCAUAACACUGUUUUUGUUUCUUACAAAAUUUUUUGUUGACUCUGCAAUGUAUACUCAACACAUUGUUGUAUGUA